CAUGCUAUGGUCUACGUUUACUUUGUUCUGUUUACAACUGCACUCCUGUUUCGGCAUUCCUGUUUUACUCACGCAUACACAAUCGAGGGUGUGCUCAUUCCCCCCGCAAACGCCCCCAAAGAUUGGUACGUGGAUGCGCGAGUAAUAUUAGAUGGGGCGCAACAUUUGGGGUUCGUCCGGCAAGACGGGAGUUUCAUUAUAUCCGGGGUCCCAUCUGGAUCGUACGUCGUAGAACCCGUUCACCACGGAUUCGUCUUUCAAACCAGCAGAGUUGACAUCAACUCCAAAGGCCGAACCAGAGCACGCCGAGUGAAUGCUCCUCAGCCAAACGCCGUUAAGGAACUACCUUAUCCAUUGCGUCUAUCAAGUACUGGAAGAACUAUCUACUUCAAGCCUAGGGAACAGCUAAGAACGAUUGACUUGCUCUUCAAUUCAAAUGUUCUCUACGUCCUUGUACCAUUCCUCCUGGUGAUGGUUCUCACUAAACUUGUUAACACCAAUGAUCCGGAAAUACAGAAAGAGCUGCAACAAAUGAAUUUACAGCAACAGUUACCGGACAUCAGUGAAUUGUUAUCUUCCAUGCCUCUAUUCGGAGGCAAGAAGAAGCCCGUGGGAGGAGGAACCACCAGGCGUCGAAUCACAAAUGAGGAGAUUCGAUCGACGGGUGCAAACAACGAAAUCACUGCGGCUGGUGUCGCACAUGGAUCUUCCGGAAGAAAGGAGAAAAAGAGACGAGCAUAGCGCAGCUACCGCUGGCGCGAUUUGUUAUAUUAUCCUUGUUUUCCAUGUAAACUGUCAUUUUCUUUUGUGCAGGCGUACACUUCAAGAUGUGUGCCAUAAUGUAGAGCGACAACCUUUCCGAUUUAAUCCUCAAAUUUCCAGAUACAGUCGGCAAUCACGUUGUGUCGCUUUGACCUUGUACGCGUCUUUCGGAAACACGACACACGAACUCCAGAAUGAUGCAUCAAACUGAGUGUUUAUUGACCAACUAAACUGCAAAAGUUGUGUUUCCUUUCUUGCGACUGGUUUCCGGUUUGUAAGUGGAAAUCAAGUUGAAGUGGGA